GUCAGAGCCAUCGAGAAUACAUCCUCCAACAGACGUUGACCCUGUUAUCCCUGUGACCAGCUCCCGAGCAACUACGUUUGCUGAUCCUCCGGAAGACACUGUUUCCCUCCAUAUAGUCGACUCCCCCGCUCUACCACCCAUCAUGCCACCGAAGCGCAUCGCAGUUCAACCCGGCCGCCGAGGCCAACAACCCAAGGGCUACUUCAGCUCCAUCUAUCACGGUCUGACAUCAGAAGAAAACGCCAGUGUUGUGAUCAGUGUUGCAUUGUUUGGCGCUGCUGUCGCCUUUUUCAAUUCCGACUGGAGUGAGAUCCUGCUCCCUGCGUAAAUCGACAUUACACGAAUCCCCGAGUACGAAGAAAGAACCAAAGCCUCUCCCCUCCUGGGCGAGCAUGUUGGAAACCAAUCUGUGACUCUGUAGCCUCGGAAACCCCGGAUGGCUGCGUGGCCUGUGGUGGGUUACAAACUAUAAAAGCAUGGCAUAUGGAUCUGCUAGGUUGGGAUCAGAACUCAAAGACACGAGAUCGACAAGAUUGAGAGUCGGCUAUCCUUGACGGUGGUUGUGUUGUAUUGUACCCAUCAUCCUGACUGGAGAAGGUAUUUUUGUGGAUGUCAUAGUCAUCAUGGUCAACGAAACCAGGAGGUUGAUGGGCUCGGUUAUGUACAUUAUCUGACCAUUCCUAGCGAGUCAUUGUUAAAACCAAGAAGGGGGAGGGUUUCAUAGAUUGGGGCAGAUCUUGACCAGAUCUCCAUGGCCAUGAUUGUACAAUGAUAAUUGAAUCAACAAGUGCUAGACAUGAAAUCUAUGCUCUACUAAAAUUUG